CAGAUGGUACAGAGUCAUGUGAUGUUGUUAGCCGGGCUUGAAUCUGAGAGGUUCUCCUGCAUCUGGUGUGAGUGCUAAGGCUAAGUGCUCUCUCAAGAAAAAAAAAGGAUUACUCCAAUUUGGCUGCUCAAGAAAUUAUCGGAGGACCCAGAAUGUCGUACGGAUCCAUUGACGCAGGCUCUUUUGGAAGCAGAAAUCCAUUUGGUGGGCCCACAAGGCAGGGAUACCAGCCAGUAGCUACACAAGUCAGCCCCUCAGAGCUGCAAGAUGUGUUCCAGGAAACCUCCUCUAACAUCUUUCAGAUCAAUGCUAACGUGGUAACACUAGAGAAGAACCUUCAAUCGUUGGGCACAUCCAGAGACACAGCAGAGCUACGGCAGAGUUUACAUUCCACACAGCAGCAAACCAAUAAAGUCAUAACGAGCACAAGCCAGCUUGUUAAACAACUCACUGACAUCAUCAGCGGAUCUUCACGGCAAGACAGGCUCCGUCUGACGAGACUCAAAACAGAGCUAUCGGAUUCUGUGCAGCGAUAUGGAGACCUGCAGAAGAAAAUUGCAGAUCGUUCGAGGGCCUUGCUUCCUUCUGCACAAAAGGACAGGAAACAGAGCCUACAGACUCCAUUCAGUGAACUGGUUGAAGAGGGGCCGUUGUUCGGAGCGGGGGAGACCAUUGAGGGUGAUGGCCAAGCAUUCCUGUCAGAGAUCAGUGAGGAAGAUGUGGAGAUCCUGAGGCAAAGAGAAGAAGCACUGCUGCAGAUUGAGAGAGACAUGCUGGACGUUAAUCAGAUUAUGAAGGACUUGGCCAGCAUGGUGCAUGAACAAGGAGACACCAUAGACAGCAUCGAAGAUUACAUUCAGACCACCUCAUCACAUGUGGAAUCAGCCAAUCAGGAGCUUGCAAAAGCCAGCCAUUAUCAGAGGCAGCUGAGGAGGAGGAAGUGUUAUCUGCUAAUCGCCGGAGUGCUGCUUCUUACAUUGCUUAUCAUCAUUAUUGCAGUCUCAGCCAGAAAAUGAGAGCAAGGCCACAGAGAUCUGUUUCCGCUCCAAUUUCCCAGCAAAACAAGAAUCUGUACGUAGAGGUGUCCACCUGCGCUCACUUCCUCUUCUCUUAUCUUCGUCUAUAUUUCUGUCGGAUUGUGUGCUUUUUCUGUUUAUGCAUGUAUGAAAAUGUGAGCGUGUGUGAAUGUUCAUUAAAAGAGUCUAUUUUUAAUGAUUUUUAAUCAGAGCUUUGUACUGUAAUGUGCAAUUAAUUGCUCCUUACCUCUUCAAAGUAGACUCGAAUCAAAGAACAAAAUCCAAAUAGACUAAAUGUUGCUGUGGGCUUCUAUGCCAAUGUUAAAAUCUCUUUUCUGUCAUUUAUCGCAAAUUCUUGAGUACAAGACAAAACUGGCUGUUGUUUUUGCUUGCCUAUAAUUCAAUUUGGGUAAACUCCAUAAGAUCCAUAAAACAAUAAUACAUACAAUAUGUGUUAUAAAAAUGGACAAAUCUAUCAUUCAUUUCAAUUAACUAAUGAACCGAUACUACUAGAUCAGCUCUGUUUAUGUUAUUAUCAUCAUUUUAAGGUUUUUUUAUGUAGUGUUGCUACUAAUAUGACUUACUAAAAUGGGAGAAAUAAUCUAAAAUUGUCUGCACAGUUUGUGUAACAGAGUAACAUCUAGGUUGUGGCAAAAAUAUAUAAGCACAAUAUAUGAAAUGAUGCAUUUGUGUUAAAAUCAUCAAGGUCCGAAUGUUGAUUUUUGCGUGUUUUGUCCAAUAUGUCCCAAGAAUCAGUCUUAUGCUAGUCCUCAUAUCAGCUCAUGUUGAUACACUGUGCUCAAAAUAAAUGUGUAUAUUUAUUUUUCUAGGGCGCAAAUAUAUAAUCUGUGACAAAAAACUGUAAUUGUGACAUUCUUUUUAUGAACUUUCUUUAUAAGGCAAUUUAUUUCUUAUGAAGACAAAUAAUUGGUGUACAUUUCUCUUUUAAUAUUGUAACCUGCUGUCUGUGUUUACCAAAAGCUGGUAUUAUAAACUGACAUUUGAAUGCAGCAGGUAGCCUGCCAUUAUAGAACACCUGUUGAGAGAGAACGUUAUUGUUAUUUGCAUAACCAUAAAAUCAUAAAUAGAUUUUCUUUCCAAAAUGAAUAAUGUUUAAAAGGUUCAGUAUCGUCUUGUAUUGCACUGUUCUUAUUUAAGUUGAUUUUUAUUGUUUAUUUGCUGGCUUUGAUUAAACAGUACAAUGUAAAAACCA